AACAGAUGCUACAAAGACACAUGGAUUCAAAUAGCAAAAAACAGGACAAACAGAACGAUAAAAAUGGCAGACGACACCAAAAGAUAAUGGAAAGCCAGCACUGUAUGGAUAAAAAGUUAAAAGGAAUAAAGACAAUGUUAUCAAAAAUUGCCAAAGCUCUGGAGAACUAUGAAGACCAAACGGAAGAUGAGGACGAUGAUGAUCCAUUUAAAUAUUCAUCGUCAGAUGAGGAUGAGGAUGACAGUCAAUCUGUGUCAUCAGAUGAUUAGAAGACCACAUCUUAACUGGUAAAGCAUGGAAUUCAAGUUAAAAUAUUCGAGAACCAAAGCAAAUUCUUUAUGUACUUUGAUAUUUUGUCGCCAGUACUAUAUUAUACUGUGUCACAAGUUCUGGAUUCUACUGUUUACAAACUCUAGUCCAUUAUUGACAAUAUUUCUAAAACACAUUAUUUUAUGUGUAAAAGACAUACAUUUGAAGUAAUCCUUAUGUGUUGUUUUUGAGAAGAAGGCAGUAUACAGAUUGUUCUUUUCAAUUAAAUUUAAUAAAUUGUAAUUGUACCAUUGGCAGAUUUUUUAAGACUAAAUUAAAUGUAAUCUUCCAUUUCAAAUUUCUCAGCUUUUUAAAAAAUAUUCAUGUCUAGGGACUUUAUGUGUGAAUUUAUAUCUUGUCAUUGGCGUCAUAUGAGAGAGAGAUUUUUACAAACUAAUGUUUAAGGAAAAUAUUUGUAACAAAUAAGGUAUAUGGCAGUUGUUUUUAAUAUUUUCCGUUGAUUGAUACCGUUUUUAUGGAUUUCCUAACAUUGAAUUUCUAUUGGAACAUGUGGAAGUCGAUUAUUUUUUCAUUUUGCAAUACAUUGAUUUCGAUUAUCUGUCAUUAAGUAUUAAGAAAGUAAAUAUUAUUUUACAUAAUCACUGACCAAUUUAAUAAUUAUUCUACAAAUUCCCUAAUAUGGUUUCAGGGAUUAUCAAUAAUUUAGAAAUCCUAUGUUUGAUAGAAAUAAAGACAAGUUUCUACUAAAAAAAAUAUUCCUUGAUGGAUUAAGUGAACAGUUGUCAUUCCUGAUAUUCUACUUCAAGGUUAAUCGUCAAUGAACAGUGUUGCCAGUUAUAUAUUAUUAAACUGUUGAACCUCAUUAUUUCAAAAAGAACAUAUCGUUUGUCCACAAAACAUUUAAUCCUGCUCGGAUCUUAUACAAGAAAAAGGUUCGAGGUUGCUGAUUCCCUUUUCUGGGUACUGAUGUGAAUCAAGUAGAUGUGCUUGUAGAAAAGCAGGGCAAACAUUCAAUAGUCUAUGUCAUCCAAAUUUAGUUUGUAAAAAUAAAUUAUUGUUCUUGAAAUAUUGUUCCUAACAUUUUACAAUAUCGUGUAUAGUCCUAACAUUCUUAUAUUUUAAUAUACUGUGCUUAUCAUUUUUAUAUAUUGUGCCUAACAUUUUCAUAUA